CAGGUUCCGCCACCACCACGACAGGAGGCUGAAGAGGCGCAAUCUGGACAACAGGCAUGAGCCGAGGUUCACGCACAGCGAGUACCAGCAGAGGUCAGCGAGACAUUCCGCCCCAAUACGUCUAUUCUGCAGGUCCACGCCAUCGACGACGACAUGGACCGCAACGGCCUCAUCAAGUACUCCGUCAGCGACCCCGAGCACUUCUUCGUGGACGAGGGGGGCGUCCUGUACAACAUCAAGCCCCUGGACUUCGAGCACACCAACGGGAAGUACGUCCUGCAGGUCACGGCGGAGGACCAAGCGCCCACCAGAAGCUCGAGGAAGAAGGCCACGGCGCCAGUCACCAUCAGGAUCAUCGACAAGCCAGAUCCGCCGGAGUUCGAUUCCACGGAGUACAAGUUUUCCGUGUCGGAGUUCGCCAGCACCGAUGCGUACGUGGGGACCGUCGUGGCCAGGGACGAGGACGGCGACUUCGACAGAUACGCCCUGGAGAACGUGGACCCGGAGGGCAUGUUCCUAGUCGACGAGAAAACGGGAAUCAUCCGCGUAGGUCGGACCAACUUCGCAAACAAGUGGGAAUUCAACUUCCAGGCGGUGGCUUUCGACCUGGGGAAGCAGAGCAGCAGGGUUCCGGUCACGGUCGAAAUCAUAGACGAGAACACGAACAAGCCGGUGUUCAAGGAGUGCAGCAACUACGACCAGAAGAGCAUUCAGGAGAACAUGGAGGCGGGGUCGUCGGUGCUGAUCGUGAUCGCGACCGACGACGACCACGGGGUCAACGGCGAGGUCGAGUACUCCUUCCGGAACGACUACGACAGUUUCGCCAUCGAGACCAAGCUCGGCCAAGGUUACAUCUCCACCACGCAGCCGCUGGACCGGGACGACGGCGAGAAGGAGUACUACAUGACGGUGAUCGCCCGCGACAAGGCCCCCACCGACUGGCUGCUGGGCGCCUGCUCCUUCAGGAUCGUCGUCGAGGACGUCAACGACAACCCACCCAUCUUCGACCAGGCGACUUACAUGUACAAGCUGCCGACGGACAAGGCGGUCGGGACGGAGAUCCUGCGCGUCACGGCCACAGACAAGGACGCGGGGCUGAACGCGGACGUCGUGUACGAGCUGGAGGGCGAGGCGACCGACCUCGCGUACUUCGAGGUCGACCCCGACACCGGCGUCAUCGUGCUCAAGAAAGAGCUCAACGAGAAUAUGGCGGACCAGAAGACCUUCUCGCUGACGGCGCGGGCGCAGGACAAGGGGACGCCGCCCAUGGCCUGCGCCCGUGACUGACUGGACGUGGUGGCCUCGGGGAAGCAGCCGCCCUCCAUCGUCAGCCAGAGCACCCUCACCCCGCGCGUGGCCGAGGACACGCAGGAGAACACCGAAGUGCUCUACGUCUGCGCCACCUCCAACAUCCCCGGGCGGCCCAAGGUCUACUUCGCGCUCCUCAACGGCAACACCAGGGACACCAACGACGACGGCUCCUUCGACGUCAGGCCGCUGGAGGACGGCGACAACCGCUGUCCUGCCGACACCAACGGCGCCUCCAUCUACGUCGCCCUCAGGAACCUGGACUACGAGGCGAUCACGUCCUACAAACUCAUCCUGCAGCUCGUGAACGAGGAGAACUCCCGCCAUGACGAGCAGAUCCUGGUGGAGAUCCUGGACGUGAACGACAACCCGCCGCUGCUGCAGCCCUACGACGGCGCCGUGGUGGAGAACGCCGAGCCCGCGCUCAUCACCACCAUCCAGGCCGUCGACAAGGACGCCACGGAGGCCUUCAGAAACCUUGAUUUCUCCUUCGACGAGGAGUCCGUGACGCAGGACGUCAAGGACAAGUUCCGGCUGAGGACCAACGGCGAGCUCAGCACCCUGAUGAAGCUGGACAGGGAGAACGCGUCGCAGUACCGGGUUCCUGUCAUAGUCACCGACGGAGAGCCCAGCCACGUCCGCCGCCGCACGUACUGGAUCACGGUGCAGGACGUGAACGACGAGCCGCCCCGCUUCGACGUCAGCAGCGUGGUGGAGGUGGAGCUGCCGGAGCGCACGGAGGUCGGCAAGGACACGGGGAUCAAGCUGGUGGUCCUCGAUCCCGACGUCGUCAACUACAACGAGUUCCAGAUCGUGGAAGGCAACCAGUACCAGAAAUUCCGGAUCGACCCCACCACCGGGGACGUGUUGGUCAACCAGCUGCUGGACUACGACGCGCCGACCAACGACAGGAACUUCACGAUGAAGGUGCGGCUCUCGGACGGCGCCAACCAGCCCGCGGAGACGACCAUCACGAUCGCCGUCACCAACGACAACGACCAACAGCCCGUCUUCAUCCCCAGCAACUACAACUUCACCAUCACCGAGAACGUCAACUGCAGCAUCCAGAUCGGGAAGGUGACGGCCAUUGACCCCGACCUCCCGAGCACCGCCGACCAGAACAUCCAGUACUUCCUGUCGACGGACGAUGAGAGGAACUUCACCAUCGCGGAGAAAACGGGAGACCUCACUCUCAAGGGCUGCCUGGACCGCGAGGCCGCCACCCGGGGGACGAUGACCCUCUAUCCCUACGCCAUGGACGAGGGCGGCAACGGGCUGGACGCCAUCCCCGCCAUGGUCACCAUCAACAUCAACGACAUGAACGACAACCACCCGUAUAUUCAGAGCCCGGACAACAGCUUCGCCGUGCUGAUGGAGAACCGCGAGCCAGGGAGCCCCGGCCACAGGGUGGUGAUCCAGCUGGACGACUGGGACAGCGACGAGAACGGCUGCCCCUGCACCCUCUCCUUCGACCAGAACACGCCCUCGGACAUCAUGCAGAAGUUCGACGUGACGGGAGGAGCCAGCUCCCAGUACGAGCUCAGCCCCAAGGUGGUGCUGGACCGCGAGCAGCAGAAGGUGUACCGCAUCCCGUUCCGCACGAAGGACCGCUGGGGCGUCUCGGGCACUCGCAUCCUCACCCUCGAGGUCGGCGACGAGAACGACUCCCCGAUGACCGACGGCGAGAGCUCCAUCAGCGUCUAUAAUUAUCAGGGUCAGUUUCCCGACAUCGUGAUCGGCUCCGUGCACGUCACCGACCUCGACGACCAUGACGUCAACGACAAGAUCUUCGAGCUGGACCCGUCCUCGCCCUCCGACGGGACGUUCUUUGACGUCAACCUCAACACGGGCAACAUCACCAUGAAGAAGGGCACGCCGGAGGGCACGCACACGCUCAGGGUCAAGGUGACCGACACCUUCCGUGACGAGACGGCCUUCGGCACCGUGCACAUCCACGUGGUCGACCUGACGGAGGAGGCGGUCAUGCAGUCGGGUUCCUUCCGCGUCGCCAACCACACCGCCUACGAUAUCGUCAAGCAGAGUGAGUCCGGCGGCGCCAGCCUGUACGCGCGCCUCCGCCAGCGCAUCGGCCAGGUGCACGGGAUCGCCGCCGAGAACGUGGACGUGUUCGGCCUGAAGGACGUGGCGGACGGCGUGGACGUGCGCUACAACUGCCACAGCUCGCCCUACUACACGGCGGCGCGCCUCGACGGCCUCAUGCUGGCCGCGCGAGAGGAGAUAAUGGCCGACCUGGGCAUCAGCAUCCCGCUGGUGGACAUCAACAGCUGCCUGUACGAGUCGCUGUCGCCGUGCCAGGAGAAGUCGUGCCAGCACACUCUGCGUCCGAACCUGACGUCGCCGCUGGUCGUGGCGUCUGACGUCACCACGAUGGUCGGGGUGGACAUCGCCGACGACUACACGUGCGACUGCGGCGCCCUGGAGCCGCCGCACACGGUGUGCCACGACGGCUUCUGCCUCAACGGCGGCACCUGCGUCGAGGCCAACCAGACGCUGACGUGUCUGUGCCCCGACAGCGCCAACUACGGCCCGCGCUGCGAGCUCACCAACGCGCGCUUCGAGAGAGGCUACGCGUGGUACGAGGGGCCCAAGGUGUGCGACAACUCGUCCUUCUCGAUGGCCUUCGAGACGCGGGACCCCGAGGGCCUGCUGCUCUACGCCGGCCCCAUGCUGACCAAACCGUGGCAGGACUACCCGAAGGACUUCAUCUACGUGGUCCUCAGGGACUGGAUCCUGGAGGCGUACCUCGACCUCGGCACGGGCACCGUCGUGAUGAAGGUCAGCCUCGAGAAGAACAGCGCGCGCUCCUUCGACUUCGUGCUCUCGUGGGCCGACGACGGCAUCAGCCUGGAGGUCCCCAACUGCCUCGGCAACAGCAGCUCCUCCGCCACCGCCUGCAAGAAGACCACGCCCCUGCCCGGCACCGUCAGCCCCAGCGUCCUGCUCAACUCGCCGGGGCCCCUGCAGCUGGGGGGCGUGACGGCCAUGCCCUCCUUCGAGCAGCUGGCCGCCUCCUACGAGUGGACGAUCGUGCCGCCGGUGGUGCUGCCCUUCUUCGGCUGCAUCUUCGAGGUCCGCUACAACGACUACCUCUACGACCUCAACUCCACCGACUACACCAAGUCGACGUACCUGCCGUGCAACGCCCCCACGCCCGCGAAGGUCAUCCUGGGCCAGCAGUCGAUCAUCAUCAUCGUGGUCAGCCUGCUGUGCCUCAUAC